UGGCGCGGUACAUGGGAUCUAGAGCUAAGUCCUUGUGUGGUGGAUGUGUGGAAAUGCGUUGCCUUCAAGUUCCAUUCGUCUGAACUUGGAAUCGUCAAGCAGCGGAUUCGAGGCGUUAUUGGGUCCCAUGGCGAAGCCAUCCAUCAUUUGGACUUGCCCUGUCGAGUGGUUGAGCCUACAUCUUUCUGGCAGAUACGGAUGGAGGGAAUCUAG